AUGCAGGAUAUCUCUGCCCCCCAGACGGGGUCUAGCAGCCACCGUUUCGGCCACGCCUCCAAGCCCUCCAACAGCGAUACCGGCUUUUCCCACGGUGCCUUUGCCUCCAACAUCUCUGGCUUUUCUGACAGGCAUCCGAGACGCGGAAACAUUCCGACCAUCAACACCCAGCCUGUCUCUCACCAGCAGCAGCAGCAGCAACAACAACACCAGCAGCAGCAGUAUAACCAACAGCAGCAGCAGCAACAGCAGCAGAACCAUCACAAUGGCGAGCUGACUUCUCCUGGCACUGGUUUCGAGUUUGCCUCGCUGCUGCCGUCCCAGCUUCUCCUCAGCCCCUUCCAGCCCGGCACCCCUGCCGCAUUUGCGAGCCCUCAUUUCCAGAAUGUGAGCAGCUUCCAGCAGCUUCAGCAGCAAAACCUUCAGCAGCAGAAUGGCGCGUCGAGCCCGAUCCAGCAGAGCAUUUCUUCCCAGAUGUACGGCGGAAUCGUCUCUCCUUCGGCUUAUGGCGCCCCCCAGUUCUAUUCGCCCCAGUCGCCCACGGCGUCUUUCAACAAUAUGGCUGGCCUGCAGAUGCCCGUUCAGCCUGCUUCUCCCAUGCCGAUGACACCGGGUCUUGUGACUGGUACCAGUAGAACUGUGUACCUGGGCAACAUUCCCCCUGACACUUCGGCCGAGGAAAUUUUGGGCCACGUUCGCAGCGGUCAGAUCGAGUCGGUCCGUCUUCUUCCCGAUAAGAACUGCGCCUUCAUCUCGUUCCUGGACCCCGCCUCGGCCACUCACUUCCACUCUGAUGCCAUCUUGAAAAAGCUCUGCAUCAAGGGACAGGAUAUCAAGAUUGGCUGGGGCAAGCCCUCGCAGGUGCCCACCUCGGUUCACCUGGCUGUUCAGCAGUCUGGUGCUUCCAGAAAUGUGUACCUCGGCAACCUGCCCGAGGACAUUUCCGAGGAGGAACUUCGCGAGGAUCUCGGCAAGUUUGGUGCCAUUGAUACCAUCAAGAUUGUGCGCGAGAAGAACAUUGCCUUUGUGCACUUCUUGUCCAUUGCCAAUGCCAUCAAGGCCGUCUCUCAGCUUCCCCAGGAGGCCAAGUGGCAGGCGCCCCGCAGGGUGUACUAUGGCAAGGACCGGUGCGCCUAUGUGUCCAAGACUCAGCAGCAGAAUGCCGCCCAGUACCUUGGAAUCGCCCCUGGCUAUGCCCACAUGUUGACGGGUGCCGACCGUGACUUGAUUUCCAGCGCCCUGGCUCAGCAGUCGGUCGCUGCCGCUGCCGUAGCCACGACGGCCGGUGGCAUCACCAACCUGGGCAACCGGACCAUUUACCUCGGCAACAUUCAUCCCGAGACCACCAUCGAGGAGAUUUGCAAUGUUGUUCGCGGCGGUCUUUUGCACCACAUCCGGUACAUUCCCGACAAGCACAUCUGCUUUGUGACCUUUAUUGAUCCCACAGCUGCUGCGUCUUUCUAUGCCCUCAGCAACCUGCAGGGUCUGAUGAUUCACAACCGCAGACUCAAGAUUGGCUGGGGCAAGCACUCUGGUGCUCUCCCUCCCGCCAUUGCCCUGGCUGUCAGCGGUGGUGCUUCGCGCAACGUGUACGUUGGUAACCUCGACGAGACCUGGACCGAAGACAGACUGAGACAGGAUUUCUCCGAGUACGGUGAGAUUGAGCUGGUCAACACGCUGCGUGAGAAGAGCUGCGCGUUUGUCAACUUCACCAACAUUGCCAACGCCAUCAAGGCUAUCGAAGCUGUCCGUGGAAAGGAGGAGUACAGGAAGUUCAAGGUCAACUUUGGCAAGGAUCGUUGCGGCAACCCGCCCCGCCAACUCCAGCAGCAGGCUCAGCAGUCCCCUCGUGGCGAGCAGGUGCCUUCCCCUUCGGCCAACGGGUCUAGCCAGAGCGGCCACUCGCCCACCGGCAACGGUCACAACCAGCAGAACGGCCAGGCUGCUGCCGCCUUGUUCAACCAGAACAGCAACCCCUUGACCAUGUAUCUCACUCAUGUGUCUCACCAGGCCCAGCAGCAACAACAGCACCAGCAUCACCAGCUGGCCGCUCAACAGGCUGCUCUGUUCGGCACUGCUCAGUCUUCGCCCAACGAGCCCGGCAUCUCCCUCGAGGUUCCCCAGGGUCAUGGAGGCAUGGGCCACCAGCAGUCGGCCAGCAUUUCCAACGGCUACGCCACCAGCUCUGGCGCGACCACCAUCGGCGGUCUUCUCGCUCCCGUCAACACCAGGGGCUCUCACAACCGGGCCGUCAGCUUG